CCUUUAUCCCUCCCCCUCUCUCACUCUUUCUCUCUCUCUCUACCUCUGUCGCCUCUCGCAUGAAUAAUAAUUUUCAGACCACGCGUAUAUGCAAGGAGCUUCUUUUUUCCCUCCGAGCGGGUCGAAGCAGGGAAUAGCGCGCGCGAUGGUGGAAGUUUAGUAGCCGCUGAUUACACGGCGGAUGUUUUCCGCUUUAGGAAUAAUUCGCCAUUUCUUCGGCUGUAACUUUAACGACCCUUCGAGGAUGCCAAGCGAGAAACGGUUGGCACGAAUUAACUUUAUGAUUUAAUCGCGACGUUCCUCGUUCGUUUAUGUGGAAAACUCGUCCAAAUAUACGUCUCAUGGUCUGAUUGUGUGUGAUUACUGUGAGAGAGGGGGAGAUUAAUGGUUAAUGAGAUUAAUUGUGAAAACAUUUGUGUGACGGAGAUCGAAAAGCGCGGUGAUCUCUCUAGAAACCAGUCUUUAUACUUGGAAAGUACGGAGUAAAUUUACCGGAGUUGGUGGACAUGACGAAUCUUGUUCUAGUUGCUGACGAAUAGCGGUGUAUCCCGGAGAGUGCAUCAUCUCCGUUGGCUACAGUUAAGCCGUCGCGUAACCAGGGCAGCGAAAUUCAAUUUGGAAAUAACGUGAGCGUUCUCGCUCAUACGUGCUCUCUCAUAGCUCUCAAGGACCGAAGUCGCACGAAGGGAGAGGGAGAGAGAAAGAGAGAGAGAGAGCGAGUCGAGUGCCUGCCGGGGGGGGUGUCUGCGCAGCUUCACCCCUUUUUAUCAGCGCAUUUCCUCGCCAUCUGCUGGAAGCUGGGAGAAUCAGGAGAUGUAUUGAACAGGCUGGAUGCGCGCGGCGAGAUGCGCGAAUAUCCGCGAAUUCCCGUCAGCGGGGGACCGCAGUCCGUACAAUAAAGAAAAAAGCGUGCAGGGCAGAGCGAGAGAGGACGAGCCGGUGGCGGUGGGCGCGAGAGAGUAUUCCGCGGAGGGAGAGCGUCGGGCCGAGUGCGGGAGCGAGAGCGAGUCCUAAUCCUCCCGGACGGCGAAGAGGCGGACUCGAUUAAUAGUCGCGCUCGCGAGUGAAACAACGUCGUCGUCCACGGCCACAGCUCGGGGGAUGACUUCCGCGGUGCACUGAGAGAGAGCGGGAUUUCUGGCGCGGGCUGGCACUUCGAUGGGCGAUCGUGCGCACCUGAAGACUGCGGCAUCUCGGCAGGUCUCCCCGAGCGAGGUGGUCAGUUCGAGCAGUCGAGCGGUCAUACCUCCGCCAAGUGAACACUUCGCCCGAUCCUAUCGCGAACGUCAGGAUGAGACCGAGCGCGAUUGUUUUGCUGCUGCUGCUGUGCGGCCAGUUCCUCGCGUCGGAAUCGAAACUUCGCCAGCAGGCGGCCGCGGUAGACGAGGACGACGAGGACGACGAUGACUGGGAUGACGAGGACGAGGACGACGACGAGGGUGGCUACCAGCCGAAGCCCGAGGUCGACGACGACGGGCGGAUCUACAAAAACCCGCGAAACUCACCCUCCGCCAUGUGCCCGAGGGACGAGGAGCAAGCGGAGCUGAUGGGUCAGAAGUGUCUGCGGAAGUGUUCGACCGACGAGGACUGCAAGAGCAAGAAGAAGAAGUGCAGAUGCGACGGAGCCUGCGGAAUGUCGUGCAUCAAGCCGGAGCGCGAGUGCCCGGCGUUAACGGAGAUCGACCACGGCUUGAUGACGGUCACCGGGAGAUUCUUCGGGGAUCGAGCGCAUUACAGCUGCGACACCGACUAUUUCAUGGUCGGCUUGUCCGAGAGAACGUGUCGCGCGGACGGUCAAUGGACCGGCACCACUCCGUCCUGCAAGAAGGACGCCAACUCCUUCUGCUCACAGCCGCCGAAGAUCCAAAACGCCCGCCACAACGCUCUGUCGGAGCAGACGACCUUCGAUCUCUUCAACGCGGUGCAAUACUUCUGCAAUCACGGCUACGUGGCCACUGGGGUGAAGAAGGCGAAAUGCCUGAUGAUGGAGGACGUCGCCAGCUGGUACGGGCCCGAUAUCACCUGCAAGCCUCAGAGCUGCGGACCACCGCCGGGGAUUCUCAACGGAUGGCACGCUGGCGAAUGUUACACAUACGACUGUCGCGUGUCCUAUCACUGCUCGGACGGUUACGAGCUAGUCGGUAAAGCGGAAAAAUUAUGCCUGGCGGACGGCACGUGGACCCCGAAGGAACUGCCGCAGUGCGUUCAAGUCACGUCCGUGCAGUGUCCGAAGCCGGAGAACCCAGUCAACGGCAAGGCUGUCUACACCUCCUACGCGUAUAAUUCCAUCGUAUCGUACGAGUGCAAGUACGGCUACACCGUUGUAGGCGCAGCGACCAGACGUUGCGGCGCUGACAGGAAGUGGACUGGAAAGACGCCUACCUGCCAGGAAAUCAAUUGCGGCCUGCCGGGCGUGCUGUACAACGGCUGGAUCGAAAACAUCGAGGCUGGCACAGGCAUGGGCGCCAGCAUUAUCUUCCGCUGUAAGGACCACAUGAAGCUCGAGGGCAACACCUCCUCGGUCUGUCAGAAGGACGGCAAGUGGCGUUACCCUCUGCCGCAGUGUCUGGCACCGUGCGUCGUGCCGCAGAUCGAGAACGGCCACAUCAUCGUGGCCAGCCACGACAGGGAUCACAUCAACAACGUCACCGUGGUGGAGCACGGCGAGCGGCUCUUGGUCAGCUGCGUGCAGAACUACGAGUUCGCCGCCAACAGCACUCCGGUGCUCUGCAACAACGGCACUUGGCUGAUAGUGCCGAGCUGCACGCCCGCCCGCUGCAAGCAGAUGCCGAAGAGCCCGAAGAACGGCAUGGUGAUAGCGCCGAAGACCGACCACGGUAUGAAGGCGGUCUUCAAGUGCAAGGACGGCUUCGAGCUGGUCGGCGGCGGCCCUCUGAACGCCUCCACGUCCGUGGAGUGCCGCUACGGCUAUUGGAUCGGCGACUUGCCGCACUGCGUCCAAGUGUUCUGCCCGUUCCCGGGCUUCAUCGAGAACGGCAAGGUAUUCCUGGUGGGCAAUAUGGGGGUUUACGAUUACAGGCCGUACGUGCGGAAGAUCGUCAACAACAAGCAGAUCAUGUACGACUGCGACAAGGGCUACGUCCUCGACGAAGGCCCGACCGGCGCGACCUGCAUAGGCGGCGCGUGGAGCCCCAAAGAGCUGCCCAAGUGCAUUCUCGGCCAACACCCCAGGCUCAGAUGGAGCAGACGGCGCAGGUCGGUGGACGACGAGAACGUCACGCUGAACUACAAAAAAUUCAUCGAAUUCUUCCGCAAAGUGGGCAAAAAGCUGUUGCACAUGGAGAUGAACAGGAGCCGGCAACACGGCAAACAUAAGAUAGAGGGUAAGCUCGGGUCCGUCAGCAAUCAUGCAAACAACAGCAAUGCGUCCGACUCAUCGUCGUCGGCUUGGAAGAGCCAGGCUGCUCACGGCAACAAGUCCCGUCUGCGCGAGGAACGCAUGAUCGACUUUCUGAAGAUCGUGUAUAGAAAAUUACAACGCAUGGACGCCAGGCAGCCGAACAGCUCCAGCAACGGCACGAUGCACGAUCUGCUGAACGCCAUGAGCAAGAACUUCUUCCACGUGGACCUGGCGGAGUCGCGGCGGAACGGCAGCAGAGCCCGCUCGGACUUCGAGAUACGCAAUCAGCGGGAGUUCAUCAAGCUGAAGCGGGAGUUCGAGCGGAUCAUGAGAUUCUACAACAAGUCCAUACGUUGGAACGAGAAGCAGAAUCGGAAGGACGCCAAGAGGAAGGGCCUGUCGCACGCGGAGAAGCGGAAGGACAAGAAGAAACAUCGGAAGAACUACUACAAGGGCUUCUACGAGUUCGUCAACAGCUACGUGACCGAGAAGCUGUCGAUGUUGGAGGCGCGCAACGCGACCGAGGAGCUGAUCAAACGGAUGAAGAUCGACAAGUUCACCGUGAGGAACGGCACGAGCUUCACGGUCGGCGAGAUGUACGCAUUUUUCAAACAUAUCAUAGAGGAUAAAUUGAACUCGACCGAAGAGACGGUCGUCGCCGUCGAGUCGAGCACGACGUCGGCGCCGAAGCCGGAGGUCGAGCCGUACGUUAACCAGUCUUCGACAAUCCCGAGUAACGAGGUCUCCGCUUUGGACAACGAGAUUCCGGCGAAGGAAGGCCCGGCCAAGCAUCGCAGUAAGCGAAUACGAAACGCCUCGGAGGACAACGCGGCGACGGCGACGGCGCCGCGCCAAAAGAGGAGGCUCUUGUCCCUGAAGCCGGCCGACGGCGAGCCGAAGAAGCCGAAGAAGCCGAGCCGCGUGGCGGCCGACGUGAAAUCAAAACAGUUCACCUUCGACGAGCUGGAGGCGCAACAGCAGAGCCGCUCCAAGCGGUUCCUGCCGCCCUCCGAGCUGGAUAAUCAAAUCUUCCUCAAGAACUUGUACCUCCACGCUUACGAGGACGAGUAUCGGGCGAACGUGAAGCGAUCGAUCGGCCAGAUCAACCGCACCACCGGCUGGCCGACGUCCACGAGGAGACGCAAGGGCAACCUCGGCGCUUACGAAAUCAAGUGAGGAAAGGGAAAUAAUGUGUUGUGAUAUUAAACGGAAUUUACUAAGUCAUUUACCGAUAUCAAUCGAUUUUAGGCGAGUAUACACCAUAUACGAUAGUUAUUCAUCGUUGUCCCCACCGUCGAUGCGCACUGUAAACGUGUAUCGCGCUUUUUUGAAAAAUAAAUCUUUUCCAUGCAAACACA